AUGGUCUACUACUUCACAAGUAACGUAACGUCGCCGUCGGCGUACAUCUACAUGGGCAAGGACAAGGACUUGAUUGCUUACGGAUUCGAGGAAGAUGUUUGGCCGCUCUUGGAAGACUGCGCCCAGUUGACCAAAGCAAACUCGAUCGAGGGUGAGGACGAACGCCUGAAAGCUACAAGAGAAUGGGACUGA